AUGAGCAGGGAGGGGAAGGGCUCCGAACAACUUCCCGAUGCAAUAUGCAUUCCAGGCUCCGGGCAAAAAGUCGCCCAGGACUUCCAGAUGCUGGUCCAGAAGGUGGGUGGGAGGCCUGAGGUCCUGCUCAUUGGGGAGACGCUGGAGGGCAAGGAUGUCCAUGGGAUGAUGGCCUCCUUUGUCAAGGACCUGUUCUCCUCCACCUGCCAUCCCAUCCACCCUGGUGACCUCCUGAAGGAGCCCCACGGGGGCACCUGCACCCUCGGGGGCACCUGCACCCUCGGGGGCACCCCGUGCCAGCUGAUCUUCUUCCUCUGCCGUGCCUCCUGCCUGAAGGGGAAGCAGACGGAGCUGCGGAAGGUCCUGAAGGAGGUGAAGACAUUUGUGGAGAAGUCCCCCUGCGCCCUGGUGGGGGUCAUCAUGGAAGCCAAGCCCGGGGAGGCAGAGGCUGCCCGCACCCACCUGCUGCGGCUGCUCCGGGGAGCCUUCCCGAAGGCGCCCUCGCAGAAACAGGGUGCGCAGGCUGCCAGCAAGGGGGAGGCAGAGAAGACCGGGUCGAUGGAGCUGGAGGCCAUCGAGGUGGAUGCGGAGGUCUACACCCCGGGCCACCCGAGGGGGAACUUGGCCAUCAUGAAGGCGGCUUACCGUGCUUCAGAAGCCCUGGCCAAAAAAGGUUUGCCGGACGAGGUCUCUAACGACGGGGUCUCUAAGGAUCCGCUAACCCUUGCAGGUUCCUGGACUUCGGUAAUCAUCAAAAGUCUCCUGUGGAUGAUCGGCAUCAUCUGUUUGGCUUGUGCAGUCGGGUGGUACCUCUACGACCAAGGGAUGAUCUCGCCGGACAUGAUCCCAUCAUUCUUGCACAUUCCUGCCUGA